GACAGAUUAGUCCCCAAGCUUUAUGAAAUGAAUGUGUUAAAACGGCAGCGUUGUGAAUAGGGACCCAGGAUAAAAAUGCAUGUCCUUCUCCCUUGGCUCUGUUAAAUGACCUGAAACCCCAAACCCUUACCCAAAUUUUACAAGGCAACCUUUCAUCUUCCUCAAGUCCGUUAAUAUUGACUGUAGUCUGUAAUAGUGGUUUGACGAAGCUAACGGUGACUGGGUGGUGGCGGUGGUGUGUCGUGCAUAUCGCCAUUGUUGGAGGUAAGUCUUCUAAUUUCUUUUCUGAAUUAAUUCAGAGGCGAAGAUUCAUGUAUGAUGAACAUGCAUGUCAUGUGUAGGGUAGAUUAAAGAUAUUAUUUUGCUAGUGUUGGUUAAGUCAGAGUUGUAAAGUGAUUUAGUUUGUGACGUUUCAUACUAACAUUACCGAUGUGGGUGUUAAAAAAUUAAAUUAUGUUUUAAUGUUCUUGUAAUGUCUUCAUUGCUUGUUUAAGUUGUGAUAGAUUUUUAUUUUGUUAGUUUAGAUGAGUGAAGACGUGAUACCUGUAUUUCACCAUGGUGAAAGCUUUGUGAGAGACAACAAGGGAGUACUUGUGUACAUCAAUGGAGAAGUCAAGAAGUUUUUCCCAAUGGACAUUGAUCUGAUAUGUUUCUUUGACCUGAAGAAACUUUUUUUGGACUUAGGUUACCAUGACUAAAAGGCAAUGUUUUGGUAUGAUCCGACUGCUACUGACUUGGAGUCUGGUCUUCACCCAGUUCAUAGAGACAAAGAGAUCAGAGAUCUUCAAAAGAAUAAAAUGCUAAAUGAGGACACUAAUGAAUUUUACAUCUACUUUGACCAUCCAAUCAUGGAAGAUACAGAGUUCAUUGAUGAUGAUGGUGUUAGUGUUGAGGAGGUGGAUGUGCAAGAGGCUAGUGCUGAGGAUGAUGGUGUUGACAAUGAUGCAGAUGUUGAGAGUUCAGAUAGUGAUGAUGGGUAUGAGUCAACAGAAGAUGCAUUAUACAUGCCCCCACCUUCAGGAUAUGGUUUUUCGGAUUCAAGUUCAGAGGAAGAGUCAGUUGGAGCUAGUAAGAAAGGAAAGAAUAAUGGGAAGAAAAAAUCCAAAGUUAGUAAGCCUGUUAAUGGGCCAGUUGGCAAGGGCAACGGCAAGCCAAAAAGGGCAGCCAUUGGAAGAGAAGAGGUAGCUGGAGCAUCUUCAGAGAAAGAGUCAUGGUGGGCCUGGCAGGCCCAGUAAGAGUGAUUAUAGGCCUGCUGAAAAAGACAAAGUAGUUAAUGGGCCUUCUAGUAGCAACAAAAACAAUGCUACACCUGCUAGUGCCAAUGAGACUGCAUCAAAGUCUAAAAAACCUGCUACACUUGAUGAAGAACUUGGUGUGGAGUUGUUACUUGAGUCAGAUAUUGAAUUUGAGUAUGAGUCUGAACAAUUUUUGAUCCCGGAAGACUCAAGUGAUGAUGGAAGAAAUGGGUUUUAUUGGCCUCAAUUUAAUCCGAGUGCAGAAUUUGGGGAGGUCCAAUUUUAGCUGAACAUGGAGUUUGAGUCACUUGAACAAUUUAAGCAGGCUCUGAAGGACUUUACCAUAUCAGAGGGUAGGAGGAUAAUUUACAUGAAGAAUGAUAAGAGAAGGGUUAGAGCUGCUUGUAUACAUGGAGGCUUCAUGCCUGGAAAAGAAGUGCAAAAAGCCAAGGCAAAGGCAAGAAAAGCAGCUAAGGAAAAGGCAAAGUUAGAGGCUGCUAAAGAAGCUAAUGAAAGCGACAAAGCUAAAGGGGUGGUGGCAACGAAUGAGGCUCUUCCUGAAGGUGAGAAAAACAAUGAGAGAGCUACAACCAAUGAGGUAGAAGCACAAGCUAAUGCAGCAGACAAUGAAAAAAUGUGGAAAUGAAGGUGAGAAAAAUGGUGAAACAGAGAAGCAUGACUGUCCCUGGCUUAUAUACUGUGCAAAGAACUCACGGUCAGGUGGAUACCAAAUAAAGACCUACAACCCCACUCACAACUAUGGAAGAGAGUUUGGCAGCAAUAUGGCAGAUCAACAUUGGGUAGCAAAGAAGCUAGAAAAGAGAUUGUUGAGUCAGCCACGGUUAACACAUGCAGAGGCAUGGGAUCACAUGAAGGUUGAUUACAAUGUGAUACUCAGUGAUAAAAUGCUGUACAGAGGACUUCGGAUGGCCAGGGAAAAGUAUGUUGGUAACGAGAAGGCGUAAUAUGGCAAGCUGCGUGACUAUCUGAAUGAGAUACAUAGGGUCUUUUGCCAGCACUAAAGGAGGUUAUGCCUAACGCCCAUCACAGAAACUGCGUUAGGCACAUUUGGAAGAAUUUCACAAACAAA